AUGCUGGGCACCAACCACUCGGACGUGGCGACCUACUACAACAACCUCUCACGGUUGGUCCGGGCUGCGGGCAAGCUGGAGGAGGCGGAGCCCCUCCAGAGGAGAGCGGUAGAGAUUGGAGAGCAGGUUCUCGGACCCAACUCCCCCGACCUUGCCACCUGGGUCAACAACCUGGGGCGACUGCUCAUGGCGCGCAAGAAGCUGGAGGAGGCGGAGAAGGUGCAGGAGAGGGCCGUCACCAUCGCUGAGAACGUCUACGGACCUCACCACGCCCAGGUUGCGCGUGCGCGCAAGAACUUGACCAAGGUCCGCUGGGCCCUCGGCAAAGCAGGGCGCAGCCGCUAA